AUGGAUGACUCCCAGCCCAUUUCGCUGCCACUUCACCCGAUUGAUAAAUAUGGCCCUAAAUUCGUCGAAAAGGCUGACAAAAUACAUCGUCGGGUGACUAUGAAUGACGACUCAAAACCUGCAGGUGGCUACGAUGAUACCCCAAUCCCCCAUGCCCCGCCAGGCUACACCUUGAAGGUGACCUUCCAUCGUGCAGAGGAUCUACCCGUCGCAGACUUUGGCAGCUUCUCCUCUGACCCCUAUAUCAAUGCGCAUAUGGUUGUCAAUCUACCAAGACGCCAUAAACAAGAUCCGGUCGUGCGCUUUCGCACCCCGACCGUGCGCAAGGACAUGAAUCCCACGUGGGAAUGCGAGUGGAUUGUCGCCCAUGUCCCUGCCUCCGGGUUUCAGUUGAAAUGUCAUGUGAUGGAUGAGGACCCCGCGGAUCAUGACGAUAAACUGGGUAUCGCCUUUAUUGAUGUCCCCGCACUGACGGAUGAUUGGGCUGGAUUCAAGGAGAAGCGCUUCAAGGUUAAAAAGCGCUUUGGGAGCAAGCGUGUCUAUGUCUUUACUAAUGUCUCGGCUUUUGCUACCGGUCACCACAAGGAAUCUUGGUUGACGGUCAGUAUUGAGUGUCUCGGGAAGACGCCAGGUCAGGAGGGUGGUCAGAUGUACACCAUUGGUCCCAAUCACUGGUAUAAGCACUUUUCCCCUCUGAUUGGAAGGUUGGCUGGUAUCAAAGAUCAGGUUGAGAGCACUGAUGGCAGUGGAAAGUCGAUCAGCCGUUACAACUUUCAAGCUAUCCAGAUGCAGCUCACGGGUCCUGUACCUGCAGAGCUAUACCAUCGCUAUGUAGAGUUCAAGCCAUUUGUGGCAGGCAUGUUCCAGGCGCAGAGUUUGCGCGGGCGAAUCUUGCAUAAAGCGCUCCAUCACCAACACCAGCGUAUCUACAAUUUCGAUCGCACCACUUUACACGGGUUUUUCUUAACACCGUGUCGAGAGCUAUCCCAAAAGUUCCUGGAAUUUGCGCACUACGGCCAAGGUGGUCGGAUCUUCACUUACGUUCUCACCUUGGAUGGACAACUCCGCUUCACAGAGACCGGCAAAGAAUUCGGCAUCGACAUGCUGAGUAAACACACUAUGCACAGUGAUGUCUCGAUCUACAUUGCCUACUCGGGAGAAUUUUUCAUCCGCCGACGCAAAUCCCGCCACCGACAUAACUCUUCAGAAGGGCAUGCAGAACGCGCAGAGCAUGCAGAACCCAGCACGGUGCCUACGGACGAGUACCCGGUGGAAGAAGACCAGGACAAUCAUGAUGACGGAGAGUUGGAUCAAACCGAAGAAGGAAUCCCGAUCUCUACCGAUCCAGCAGACUACGAACUGUUUAUUGACAACGACAGUGGAACCUACCGCCCCAACUCGGAGAAGCUCCCCCUCCUUCGGGAAUUUAUGUCCUCCAACUUCCCCGGUCUCCACAUUACCACACUCGACUGCCAAGGAGAUGCAGAGCGAAUGGGCAGGCUAAAGGAAGAGCAGCGAGAUUUGAAGAAAAACGAAGGCAACCACAUUACGUUCCUACAACAAAGUAGCGCAUCUUCCCUGUCGAUUUCCAGCUCGGAAGAAGAUGAACUCAACGAACGCAGUGGACAACCUAAACAGCGGGGCGAUUUGGCCCGCCGAGUUCACGAGAUGCGGGAUCUGCGUGGUCAGGUCAUGCGAUGGGUAGAAGCGGAUGAAAAGCCCGACGGUCACAAACAUAAGCACCGCUAUUUCUCGGGAAGGGAACGUGCUGUGUCAACCAGUGCCAUUUCGCAACCUACAGCCCAGCAUCCAGAACCCGAUCGCGCAGUUACUACCACUGACAAUCAUGAAAAAGAAACGCCUUCGACUCCGACCCUUGCGACCUGA